CUCCCAUUUUUAAAAUAAGCUGGCGGGUAAAGUUGGCUCUGGUCUGGUUGGCAGAUUUAUUCACAUGAUUCCUCACUUCAUCAUUUGAACAAACAAAUAUUAUACAUAUAUUUAUAAGUAAUCAAAACAAUAAAGUGGGAAGAAGAAGAAGGAUCAAGCAACUAAAUUGAAAAUGGCCUACCCUUUAUGCCUUUAUCAUUAAUUAUGAUCUUACUUUUUGGUUGAAAAACUUUCCCAAUAUUUAUAAACUAAAUUUAGGAAAAAAAAUAAAAAGCUUUCAAAUAGUAUCUGGAGUUUAGAAGUGAAGAAUCUAUUUUCUUUCUCUUUUUUCUUUGUUUAUUAUUUCACCUCUUUCUCUUUCUCUGUCUUUUUUUUUCCAAUGGAAAUUUCUAGGAAAAAGAGGACUCUGCUUAAGGUCAUCGUCCUUGGAGAUAGUGGGGUGGGAAAAACUUCUCUGAUGAACCAAUAUGUAUAUAAGAAGUUCAGUCAACAAUAUAAACCUACAAUUGGCGCUGAUUUCAUGACAAAGGAGUUACAGCUUGAUGACAAGUUGGUGACCUUGCAAAUUUGGGACACAGCAGGACAGGAAAGGUUUCAAAGCCUCGGUUCUGCGUUUUAUAGAGGAGCAGAUUGUUGUGUUCUUGUAUUUGAUAUAAAUAUUCUUAGGACAUUUGAGACAUUGCACAACUGGCAUGAUGAAUUUCUUAAACAGGCCGAUCCAACACGCCCUGAAAUCUUUCCUUUUGUGUUAGUUGGAAACAAGGUGGACUUGGAUGGUGGACAUAGCCGAAUGGUGUCUGAAAAGAAAGCUAGGGAAUGGUGUGCUUCAAAGGGUAACAUACCAUACUUUGAGACGUCGGCCAAGGAGGAUUACAAUCUUGAUGACGUGUUUCUUUGCGCUGCGAAAAUUUCUCUAGACAAUGAACAAGAACAAGACAUUUACUGCCAAGGUAUCUCAGAAACCAUCUCAGAUGUAGAACAAAGCAGAGGUUGUUCAUGCUAAAUAAUACGCUGACUAAUAAGUAAUAACUGGAUCUAUCUAUCCAUCUAAUUUGGACUAUUUCUUUGUAAAUUUGUUGUGAUUUAUUCAUUCUUUCCUGGAUGGGACUAAGUUCUUGAUUACUUCUUUUAACUACAAUCCGUCGAAUAGACGAUAAGUUUGAUUUUCCCUACAUGGAAAGCAAGGUGAUGAUCCAGUUUGUGGAAAACACCAACCAUGUUCAAAGACUCAAUAAGCCAUAAAAUUGUAUUCCCUUGCAUGGAUAAUGCUAUGCAGAUUUGGAUUUGUGCUUCUUCUUUUCUUUUCCUUUUCUAAUUUUUUUCUCUAUUAUUCCUUUUGAUUUCAUUUUAUGAAAUGUCUUUAAUGUAUGAGUAUGCCUCUAUAGAAUACUGGUAAACAGAUCCAAAGAUCCAAAUCCAGUACAAUAAAAUUAAUAAGAAUUGUUUUUUUUUUUCCUUUUGAAUAAA